UAAUGCAGUUUUCUCACUUUUUCAGUUCCUUAUAAAGUUAUUGAUCUAAGAGUCGACAACGUCACAGAAAAAUCUGUCUUUCUGAUGUGGAGCAAGCUGGACGGAAAGGCGGAUUUUUACCUUGUAGAGACGGAAAAUCUGAAAAAACAAGUGAACACGACAGAUCUAACGUUUGAUGGAUUGAUGCCUGGGAACUGCUACACAUUCACCGUCAAAUCUGGAGUCCCGACCCAGUGGAGCAAGGAAGCUAACAUUUCAAGCUGCACCAAACCAGGCAAAGUGUCUAAUCUGAAUGCGACUAAAAUUGAAGACACUUCACUCACUGUCAGUUGGGAAAAUCCAGAGGGAAAGUUCAUAGGUUUCAACGUGACUGUAAAAUUCAGUGACAAAGAACAAACCUAUAUUGUGAGCGAAACCAAGCUGACAUUAACGGAUCUGCAGGAGGGAACUAAAACAACCAUUCAGGUGGUAGUGCUGUCCAUUCACAACCUGAUGGGAGACGUCACAGAAAUCUCUACAUACACUGUUCCUGGGCGGGUUAGAAACCUGGAGUUGACAGCAGGGCAAACCACCAUCACUGCUACAUGGAAUUAUACAGUAAUAGGCAGUGAUACAAAGUUCAUUGCUAAACUUUACCUAAGCAAUACAGAGAUUAAAAACGAAACAUUAAACAAUACUGCAAUUGAAUUUUCCAAUCUAAAGACUGCAACCAACUACACUGUUGAAGUCACCGUUGUCAAAGGAAAUGUUUCAAGCCCAAAAGAGACACGCUCCAUCUUUACACUGCCUACAGCUCCCACUGAUCUCAAAGCAACCAUCAUCACAAAAAAUACCAUCACCCUGACAUGGAAGGUCCCUGAAGAAAUAACAAGCGCUACAUUUAUAUUUAAUGUUUCCAGUCACUGGAAUAAGACUUAUACAGAAAGAGUUGAAAGAAAAACCAGUUAUACCUUUGAAAACUUGGUAUCAGGAACCAGGUACGAUUUUACAGUCCAUGCCGAGGCUGGGAACGUCACAAGUGGAUCGGUCAAUUACAGCAUCCAAACAGAACCAGAGAAGAUUGACAUCACCCUGUCAAUGCUGUGCAACUCAAUCCAACCUCUCUACUGUGCAAAAAACACACAAAGAAAAUCUGUGCUUGAACAGGAAACAGGAAGUGCCUAUUACAACCUGUAA